CUCACCUCCAUCCAAACGAAGGGCUAAUUUCGUCUAUUUACACAAUUACACCCAUCCUCUUAUGAGCUGGGAGAUAGGAGGAGCAAAUUGAAAUGGCCUAGGAGACAUCCAUCACCGAAGCAGCAGCGAUCGAGCAAAUUAGCGCCGGAGACUGGUAGUACUCAUCUCCGCCGGAGACAGUCGCUCUCUUCGGGUAGGAAACAAGGCAGACAAUUCGCACUUUGCAAGUGUCCUUACUCGGAUGAAUCCAUGUUAAUGAUUAGCCACCAACCUGCAAUCUACUUUCACAACCAGUAUCCUCCCUACCGGUACUCAGGCCGGGGCGCCAGGGAGAAAAGAUGGUAAUGGUAGCUUGUGGAUGGCCAUACACAAUCUCCAUGUCUUCUUUCUUCUCUGGAUCUUUAUACACUUACGGUUGGAGUCAGCAUGGCCAACUAGGAUAUGGGGAUUGUCAAGACCAGGCCAUCUUGUCCCCCAUAAACUUGAAUUUCUGGGCGGUGAUGUCAUUUCUCAGUUAUGUUGAUGCCAAUGGAAUAAAAGGUCUUUGGCGCUUGUGAUCUUGCUGCUAUUCUCAUUGUUACAAUAUUUGGUUGAAAUCCAACCAUAAACUUGCGGUUUAAUUGGCAAUAAAAAGAGAAUUUAUAUAUCUUUGACAACAGAGGGAGGGGUAUACCGAGAAAGAUUAUGGAAAUGCUGCAUUAAUUUUCUCGAAUCUUUUUUUUACUACGAUUAUCUUCUUCUUUUUGUUACUGGGAUAAAUUUUUCUUCUACAAAGUUCAUAAAUUUUGAUAGGCUAG